AUGGUAGUUGCUGUGCCCGUGACAUCCUCCCCAGACAGGGCCAUCCUGGUUGAGCUGAAUCAUGUGAUAUUCAAAUCGUCCUUCGUUGAUGUUGGGAUCCCCGAAAACACCUACAAAUCUAUACUGUGCUGCGGGGCAUCAACCGAAUACCAAUGCGGCAAAGCUGGCCUUGAUCAAUACUAUUCAAGGCUAUCUAAGGAUUUUGACACUCCGAAGAGCCAGAUUCACGAUAUGUUUUCUGCAAUCAAUAAGACUGUCCAGGUGGAUCAUGGUAUUCUGGCCUGUCUCGCUCGGCUAAAGGCUCAUUGUCGUGGCACCUUGGCAAUAUAUGGAGCCUGCAACAUGUCUUGUAAGGACUUUGAGAAGGUUCAGGGCUAUUCCAUAGACUGGAACAUUUUUGAUGGAAUUUUUAUUUCCGGGGACAUGGGCAUCUCAAAGCCUGAGCUGCGAUUUUUUAGUCACAUCCUCGAUCGGCUCCAAUUGGCUCCUUCAGAGGUUAUCGUAGUGGACCACAAUACGGACAAUGUCCUCACUGCGAUCUCCAUGGGUAUGUCUGCUGUGCUGGCCAACUCACCUGAUGACGUCCAACGGAGCCUCGUCAAUUACAUCGAGCGCAAUCCCACCGAGCGCGGCCGGAAAUUUCUCGAGCGAAAUGCGAAGAACAUGCACUCUGUUACGCACACGGGAGUCCUCAUUCGGGAGAACUUCGCCCAGUUGAUGAUUCUGGAGGCCAGUGGGGACAGCACGCUCGUGGACAUCAAACCCCAUGCCACGACCUGGAAUUAUUUCAUCGAUAAGCCUGUCUUGACGCAGAAAAACUUUCCCGAUGAUUUAGAUACUACCUCACUAGGUCUGACCAUAACCAAUGCGACUCCCGAGGUCGCCAACCAGUCCAGACUUUACUUCCUUUAUUAUCGAAUUUUCCGUCUUCUCGUGCUCCUUUAUCAUUCCCCAUCAACGAACGUUCAUGCGUUGUCUACUAAAGAAGAAUCUGGCGGACAGACAUUUUUCACCGACUUCAAAAAUCGAGUUGACCCUGUGGUAUGCUGUAACGUUCUCAGCCUCUUCUAUCAGUACGGCCGGGGAGAAGAGGUGUCCGACACAUUUGAUUGGGUCCAGCUCGUCCUACGCCGCCGCGCCUAUAUUCACGGCACCGCAUUUUAUCCCAGUCCCGAGGCCUUUCUUUUCUUUUUCAGUCGACUCUUACGACGCCUUGAAUCGCCCCCGACGCCUACUUACAACGAGCUUGAGCAGCUUCUACGGGAGAGAGUAGCAGAGCGCAUCGGGGUGCCCGUUGAUGCCAUCAGUCUGGCUAUGCGUCUUUUGGUCUGCCAUCAGGUUGGUAUGCGGGAUACUUUGGGUCUGGAGAUGUUGCUUUCUAUGCAGCAGCCAGACGGCGGAUGGCCGCUGGGCACUAUCUAUCACUACGCCUCUAAAAAGCAGGCCAUAGGGAAUCGGGGAGUCUCUACAGCCUUGGCUGUCCAAGCCAUAGAUGUUUGCUCUCAAUGGAAGAAAAGCCCAAAUGGCCAUCCCAAGGCAACAGUCUAUACGAGAACGGAGAGACAUUAUGGCUCGCCAUAG